GCGGUGACUACAACAAUAACCCGCGACGGUAAGCGGGCACGACUGCGGAUUUGUACGUGCGCCCGCGUCCAUACGACUGGUGUACGCGUUAUUGUUUCGGUUUGUAUUUUAUUUAUUGUUUUUGUUAUUAUUGUCAUUAGUCCGGACGAGAUUUCCUCGCGUCCGCAUGUGUCGUUGUACAAUAACAUUUGACCGCUCGGUCAGCGAAAAUCGCGUGCCUAUAUCAUAAUGUAUAAUACACAAUAGGGUCAGAAGCGUUCGUCGUCCCUCCGCAUGACCGCAAACUGUGGCUUAACGGUAAUCGCUUUAUUUACAAAAUAGCCGAGCGAAUUCGCAUCGGAUAACGUUUCGUCGACUCGACUUGUCAUAGUACGCCGAGUAGAGCCGCGGUCGGCGGCGCUCCGCGUAACAUAUGUUGGCUGCGGUCGGUGUGAAGACACGCCGGCGUCCCGUACCGCCGACAUUUCCGACAUCGAUGGCUGCCGCGACACCGUCGUCACCGUCUUGUCACGUGAAAAACGAUUUUGGCUAAACAAUCUCUGCGAAAUCGGGUAUAAUUGGUAAUGGCCGCGGCUGUGGCGACGGCGGCCACUCCGCCGACAGACAACCGUUGCGUCGGCGGUGGCGGCGAACCGCAAGCGAUACGACCGCAAACAGUGCCGUUGCCGUCCAGUGUUAUUCCUGCGCUGACGUCUUCGACGGCGGCGCGGUCUUCGGGCCGACGGCGUCGCGGUGGAAACGGUCUGCGUCCGAAGCCGUCUCACCGGAGCUCGACCAGCAGCCGUUCGUCAUCGCCGUCGUCGUCGUCGUCAUCGUCGACGGACGACGACGAGGAAAGCGUAGCGGCGUUCGGCAGUCACGGCGUUGUGGUCGCCAAGCGGCUGAAAGACUUGCAACAGCACUUGGUCGACCUCGAAGACCUGGAACUGCUUGACCGGCAUCUGACCGGCGGCGGCGACGGCGUGCCGGAAUCGUCGUGCCCGCAGAACACGGACGUCGAGAACGCGGCCGGCAUGGCGGCCGAGCUCAGGCAGAAAAACAAAGACCUGAUACUGGCCGCCCGGCUCGGCAAGGCACUUUUGGCCAAAAACGACGAGCUUUCGUUGAUGAACGAACGGCUGGCCGAAGAAUAUGGCGAUAAACUCGAGGUAUGCGCAAAUGUAUUUAAUAAUAAUAUUGCACAACGUUUUUACUAUAAUUACACGAUUACAAUAUGUUGUCAUAAUAAUGCAUACUAUAUAGGGCAGACGGGGAGUUGGGGUGGCGGUGGGGGUGUUAUCGGGGGGUGGGGGGUCUACGCAACCUUCGGCGUUGUGUUUUGUUAUGUUGGUCAUUACGAACAUCCUUGACCCACACCGUACGCUAACCGCGCGCCCGUAAUAUUGUCCAUGGAUUUCACCGCGCGCGUUCGCGGUGUAUGGUGCGUACGCAAUGUGCAAUAUCGGCGUGUAGGUGUAUGCGCUAAAUUAUAUACGCACAUACUAUUAUGUGUGUAUAAUAUGAAAAGUGCGUGCGGGGUUGUUUGACGCGCGUGUCGAUAAGAAUGAGAUUAUAAAUCGCCAUUGUCCCGACCGGCGGCUGCACGCGAGACAAUAUUCUGUUCGGCCGUUCGGACACGCGCGCGCGCGCGCGCGUGAAUAAAACGAUUAACUCCGCGCUCCCGCGAUAAUAAUCGCGCCAGACCCGAAACAACGUACGCCCGACAGUAACAACACGGCGUGAUAAUAUUUUAUCGGGUUGUCGGCGGACACAGUGAGCGGUCGCCCAUGGCCCGCCGGCCGCCCGAUUAUCGUGGACGGAACGUUCGUUGAAAAAUGUAAAACUGGUCGCGCCGGCCGCCGCUGCGUAUCACAGCGUCCGCGUAUCGCAGCCUGAAAACUUAAUCUCCGGCGUCACGCUCUCACUCGUCCGACUUGACGGCGGCGCGCGCGUUCCGUACCCGCGCGUACACCGGGCGGCGCGAGUGAAAGCGUCGCGCAAACUCCCCCGCCACGGCCCCGGACGUUUUGCCGACGAGCUCCAUUGUUGCGCCGUUACUAUUGCACAGGUUUUCGCCGUAGUUAUACAGGCACGGCAUUAUCGUUAUAUAGAACGCGCCGACCCCGCUCCGUCUCCGCGGCGGACAAUAUUGUUGUAUUGUGCAUUAGACGGCGUACGACUUCUAAUAACACGGCGCGUUACGUCUCCGACGCAGUCUAUAUACCCGCCUAAUAUACGCAUAUAACAGCAUUGUAACGCCGCGCGACGUUCAUCCGGCAAUGCGGUUCGUAUUAGAUCAAUAUAGCGAAGAAAAUCAUAGAAAACAAACGGAAAAAAAAAAAAAACGCCAGUAAAUACGUAACGAACGUCUCCGCGAACACGUGAUGGUGGACCAAGGUCCCGUGACGGCGGGGGGCUGCGGUUACACGGGUACGCCCGAGUCGCGUUUAGGUGACAAUAAUUACUGUCAGAGGCACACGGCGGCCGGGGACGGGCGACACGGCGCGCUGCCCGGGACGGCGAAAGGAUAACGGCGACGUAACGAUAGUAAUAAUAAUAAUAAUAACAACAACAAUAAUAAUAAUAGACGCGUUAUGAUGAAAAUAAAUUCCGCGCGCAACGUAACGUUAAUAUCACGUCGUCACGAAACGCGAUAAACGCAUUAUCGUCGUGUUAUUAUGGAACGUAUUACGUGUUUUGGCGGACGAACCCGCGCGAUGUUUUACAAUGCGCAAUAAUAUUAUUCGACUGCGGGCCGAGCGCGGUCUUUCGAAAAUUAUCAGCCCGUAAACAGCAGCUACGCGUGUAUAUUGUAACUGUGCGGCGGAUUUUUUUUCACUCGAAACCGCACCGCGGUCGCGCCGACGAGGCAGCUGAAACGUAUUUUCUCGGUGUUUAUACACGCGAAACAAAGGAAAACAAAAAAAAAACCAUCUCAUUCUAUUGCGGGUCGGCAAGUUAUCAAUACCGUUAACCAUUAUUUUGCCAUAUUGCGCUCUGCCAUCGUCCCGCCGAUCGUCACUGUGUAUUGUAAUGUAAUAAUAACAAUGUGUAGGCGAUGGUCAGUUACAAAAUCGGAUUUUUUUUUUUUUUGAGGGGUGGAGAGCGGGUCGGGACUUUGAGAGAGAGAAAAAAUAUGUCCCGUGCGAAUUUGUGACCGGAAAAAAAAUACAAUUGUUGUUCAUAACUUUAUUUACAGCGUGUUUCACUCGAAUGGUAAUACGAAAUAUUUCUGUUCAGCGACCUCGAAUUGAAAUGGGGUUUUCUAGAGAAGAUGCGAAAUACUGAAAUACACAUUUUGCAUGGGUUUUCAAAUUUCUUAACCUUUCAGUGUGCGCAUGCGCAUGCGCAAUAAAACUUGUAUUUUUGAAAAUGGAAACACCUAUUUCCAAAACUUGAUUUGGAUAAACUAUUUUUUUUUUUUUAAGUAACUUAUAUAAACGGACUUUUACCUUAUCUCGAAAAUUUGCCGAAAUACAGCUAGUUAAAGUUGAAACAAAAUUAUUUUAUUACUAUUAAAUUUAUUUUAUUUUAAAAAAUUGAUUACAAAUAAUACUCAUCAGUCAUCAUUAUCUAAUAAAUUGUUCGAAGUUGCGUCCAAUAUGUUGUAAACGUGCAAACGUUGUAUGACUUCAUCUUAAGUAGCUGCCAUAAUUUGUUUGUCAGUUGUGCGCAUGUUUCAGUGAUUUUUCAUUUCAAAUGCUGGAGACUAAUCGUUAGAUCAGCAUAAACUACAGUUUUUAAAUGUCCACAAAGAAAAAAAAUCUAGAGGCGUCAAAUCAGAUAAACGCGCCGGCCAAGCUAUCGUUCCAUGUGUAUCCAUCCAACAAAUGUAUGGUGUGGAUUAAUUGGAGGUUUCAUAAUAGGCCCCUAUUUUUAUGAUGGAACAUUAAAUAGAAGGAGAUAUUUGGAUUUUCUUUCUAACCAUUUACCGCCAUUGUUAGAGAGUGUUCCAUUAGAUGUUAGAGAAAACGUAUCUUGUCAACAAGAUGGUGCUCCCGCACACAAUAGUAUUAUUGUAAGACAAUAAUUAUUUAGCACAUUUAAAACUCAUUGGAUGGGGACAUAUGGACCGAUAGCUUGGCCGGCGCAUUCCCCUGAUAACAAUUACAAUUAAUAAGAUAAUGAUGACUGAUAAUGAGUAUUUUUUGUAAUAAAUUUUUUAAAAUAAAAUAAUAAUAAUAAAAUAAUUUUGUUUCAACUUAAACUAACUGUAUUUCGGCCAAUUUUCGAGAUAAGGAAAACGUUUAUUUAUAUAAGUUGCUUAAAAAAAUAAAAUGGUUUAUUCAAAUCAAGAGUUGGAAAUACGUGUUUCCAUUUAAAAAAAAAAUGCAUUGCGCAUGCGCACACUGAAAGGGUAAGACAUUUGAACAUCCAUACAAAAUGUGUAUUUAAGUAUUUCCUGUCUUCUUUCGAAAACCCCAUUUCAAUCCGAGAUCACUGGACAGAAAUAUUUCGUGUUACCAUUUGAGUGAAACGCAAUGUAUAGGUAAAGCAAGUAUUUUUUAACACUGCAAAUCAAACACUUAUUUACGGACGCAAUCUUAUGGUCCGUUUUUCUACUUGUAUAUUAUAUACCUGCAAUGUAUACAUACACAUAUAUACAUAUAUGUAUAUUACAGGCGCAUUGCCAUAAUGACAUUGCACCGAGUUUACCCGUAAUAAUUAACAAUACCUAUUUUAAAUUGUGAAGCGGAACGCUAUUUUCAAUGUUAAUUUAAUAAAAAGAAUCCAUUAGCCGGCUAGAUCGACGCAUUUCACAAAAACGGGUCAGGUUGGCACGCAAUAAAGUAUCUUCCAAUCGGCCUUAUUAUCAUCGUAUCAGAUGUAUGGAUGACGUUUUCACUACGGUUUAAAAUUAAUUUGUUCGAUAGUCUCUCCUCUCUCAUUAUUUGCCACGUCUAUGUACACGAUUUUAUACAGUCCUUGAUUCGGCUGUCAUUGAAUUAGACAUGUUUAACGUGCCGUUUAUGGUUUCAAGGAAAUCGAACAGGACCGACACCGGCUCCGACGGCAACUGGCCCAGGCUCGGGCCGAGUGCGAACAGCGUUGUCACGAGCUUCAGGCCGACCUCCGUGAUUUGCAAGCAGUACUCGACAGCAGGGAACGUCAGCUGCGCGAGGCGGACAAACAGAAACGAGCCGUGGUCCGGGAGCUUACGGACCAGAACGGAAGGUUACAGUCACACAUCAGGGAGGUGAGCAUUGAUUGUCUAAUAUUCGACGUGCUAUCUAAUCACGAAAUUUUAUUUUAUACAAAAGGGUGUCUAGGAACUAGAUUGAUUUUUUUUUUUUUUGGGGGGGGAUGCAUUUUUAGUUGUUUAAACUAGAUAUUGGUAAUCUUGUUAUAUGCAUGGCAUUUAUACAAUGAUUGCGCUAUCUCGUACAGUUUAAGAAUUAUUUAAAACCGAGGGAGGGGAGAAUACAGUUCAGAAGCACCUCUACGCACGCCUAUGACGCAGUGCAUACAUAAUAUUAUUGACACACAGUUAUAAUAACUUUAUAUUCGUUUGCCGGACAGUUAUCUCAAGCGGAAGCAGAACUUCGGCACAAAUGUCGUCUGCUGGAAGACACGCAACAGCCGCAACACGGGAGCGGCAAGUGGAACAGCAUUGGAGGAGUCGGGUCGCCCGGCACUGGGACGUCCAUGAACAACGGCGGUCCCACGACGGAUUAUGGAUCGCUCACGCCGGACGACUAUCGAAGUCUGGACGUAUUGCGCGACGAGGUGAACUUAAUUUUUAAUUGGCUAAUAUACGGUUUUCUUAAAUGUGUACAUAAUUAUUAGUUACGUAGAAAUUGACUAUAGAUUGUCGGCGGUUAAUCGAAUAAUGUUGAUUUUUGGCGGUUAAUCCUAGACAUUCGGCUGAAUAAUUGUUGACACUGAAUAAUAUACUAAUUAUAAUAAUUGGACGAUCGGGUACAACAAUUUUUUUUUGAAACAAAGAGUUAAUUGAAGGGUAAAAAUUUAACGAAUUUUAAAUAUUAAUACUUAUAGUGAACGAUACGGGUAUAGAGUAUUUCAUAUUUCAAUUCACAAAUGUAGGAUACCAUUGGAGGUAACUUCAGUAGCACAUCCUGGGAACCAGGGGGGAAGGGGGGUAUAUGGACCACUGAUAAUAUUUGAUAUUUUUAUUACGAAUAGGUAAUAAUUGGUAAGUAUAGUACAUAAAUCAAAUAGGAGUAUUUUAUUUUUCUUUAAAAUUAUAGAAGUACUAAGUAUUUAAAUUCGUUUUAGAUUCUGAGUUUACUGAUGUAUAUUUUUUCUCGCAAAAUACUUUUUUGUUUUUAAAAUUGCUCAAAAUUUUUCUCAUCGUACAUUCUAAAACAAUUGUUCUCUCAGUGGUAUUUUAUUUCAAAAAUUUGAAAAAACUCCGACAACAAAAUAACGAUACACUGGAUUUAUUAUUGACUUUUGUUGAUUUUUGGAUUAGGGUUAUCUAUUGACAGUAUUAAAAAUAACACAAACAAUUUUAUACCUAUUAUAAUCAGUAUGAGCUCAGUACUAAAUCAUGUAUUAAUUGCAUUACAAUAUAUGGUUUAUCGUUCUUUUCAGUGUAUAUAAACCAAAUCACUUUAUAUCUAAUACUUUCUAAACUCUCUAUCUACAAAAGUGGUUCGACCCUGAUAGAGGGUGAAGAAAACGACGAUUGCCUCCCCUUGCGCCUCCCCAUUAUAUUCCAUAUUUCAUAAAAUAUUUAAUGUAUUAUAUAAUUCUUAUAGUCUUAAUUUGGAAAAAAAUAAUUUGUCUCCAAUCAGAUUUGUCUUAAGCUUGUAUUAAGAAUGUUUUAAGCUUCAUUAAAGAUUUGAUACCUUUUGAAGAGCUAGAACAGUUUAAAAAACCAUAUAAUUUGUAUAGGAACAUGUCUCGAGGAAAAAUACCUCGUAGAAUAGUGAGAUAUUUUAUACAUAUUUUUUUCAUUAUUAUUAUUUGAAAGAGGAAGACUUUCAUUAGGUUACAUUCAAUGGGAUCUGAUUUUUAAAUACAAAUUCCUAGAAAUUGUCUUAAAUUAAUUUUUUUUUUUUUGAAAUAACAUACAGAUUAAUCACAAAUCGGAGUUUACAUAAAAAGUUUAGCAUUAUCAGAUAAAAAAGAGAUGUCCUAGGAUAAUGGUAACGGGUACAGCCACUGUUAUAGGUAAUUUAAUGUAUACCUGUAAGCAAUGAUAAACCAUUGCUUAAAAAAAACGAUUCUGGGCAGAGUUCAGUUGAUAAUGAUGCUUUGUCAACAAUAUAUAUGCCAUAUUAUAGUAAAAUAAUCAAAUAGACUUUAUAUAUAGUUUUUAAUAAUAUUUGUUUAAUGUUGUACUCUCUAAAGUACAUCCCCAAUCUGAUUUAAUUUUAGAAACAUUUCUGUCAUAAAUCGGAGCAAAAUUGCUGGUAGACAAAUUGUGCACAGAAAAAAAAAAUCGUUAUAUUUUAGUAAUAUAUUUCGUUCAUUUUCCCGUUUUUCCUUCGUUUAUUUGAAAAACCGACCUCGGCAGCCUUAUAACUGACUUAUAUUAUCUAAAAUACAAAUUUUAAAAAGUAUUUGAAUUGCCUAAUACCACAAAAACCACAAGGGCAGCUUGGGCGAUGCCCUGGUAAAAAGGCCUCUAGAAGUUAGCUAGGGACCCCAUCUCCUUCUGGGACAUAGCAUUAUGUUCUCACGGUCAAACCAAAUAUUGUAUAAAAAUCAUUGAAAACAUUCAUUUUUAUACCUAAUUAUACUAUUUAUCAGUUGUCAAAGAACGGGGUAUUCCAGAUUACACAUAUAUUGGGCUAUAAUAUUAUAUGUAACAUUAUUAUAGUGUUCAUUUAGUUAUUUUGUAAAAGAAAAUUUAAUAGAAUGUGGUUUUUAUAGUUUUUAUAGAAUAGUUAUUAUAGAAUAUUUUAUUAAUUUUAGAAUAAAUAUUUUUCUUGCUGUCGUUAACACUGUACUAAAUAAAUAAAAAUCCGUUUUUUAGGCUUAUGAAUUCUACGUAGCACUUCAACUAAUUAUUGAAUCUAGAGAAAAUAUGAUUUUUAAAGAUUCAUAUCUUGUACAUGACUUUGUAUUAAAUUUCAAUCAGAUAUAGGUUUCGAAUUUAAUAAUUAUCUUAUUUGUUUUAAGGAAAUAAUCAUAAACAAAAACAUAUAAACAAUUUAUUCAGCUCGCGACAUUUAUUCUUGAAACAAACGUUUCUAUUACGUACUAGAAGCCUGCAUGCUAUUUAUAUUAUUAUCAAUUACAGUUGCUAUUGCCGAAAGAUCUUUUUCCAAGUUAAAACUCAUAAAAAUUUUUUUUAAGAAAUUCGAUAGCACAAGAUCAUCUGACUAACAUAGCUAUACAAAACGUUGAACGACGUCAUAUAUCUGAUAUAAAUUUGGACAAGGCUAUAAAUGGCUGCUAAUUUAAAAGUGAGAAAAUUAAUUUACAUUCUUAAUUUGGAAGGAAAUGAUUUGAAAUAAAUAGAACAAAUAUAUAUUAUAUAAAUAUGCUACACAUUAAUACAUUCUACCCAUUUAUAUUUAAGUAUUGUAUACUUUAUAUCAAUGUCAAGUAGUAACGAUAAAUUAAUAUUUAAUUUAUUUUUUUUUUUUUACAACUUUUUUCGUCAUUUUGAAUCACAGUUAUGUUUAUAAUGACGUUCAAGGGACUAGUUAAAAUUAGUCAUAAUUCAAAACAAUCGAUUUUUAUUAUAACAAAAAUGUUAAAAUUAAAUUUAAAAAGACGUCCUAGGAUAAUGGGGACAAGUGCAACCACUGUUAUAGAUAAUUUAACGAAUACCUGUAAGCAACGAUAAACCAUUGCUUACGAUAAAAUUAAAAAACAAUACAUUUAGUAUUAUUAGUUGUUAUAUUACGGCAUAGCGAUUUCAUUGUUUUAAAUUUGUACGGCAUAUGUUUUCUACAAAACAUAUUGCUCUUAUUGAAAAACUAAAAGAGACAUUUUGUGUUGAAUUUUUAAUAUAGUUGGUAAGUAAGAAAGUUGUUUUUUGAUUUUUUCUAUAGUUUUAUUAAUGAUUAGGAAAAACCGAAAAAUACGUAGAAAGAACGGACAAAUUUACGAAGAUAAUUCUUUUAUUACUUUUAAUUUUAUUGUUUUGAUGUUAUUCAGAUAAACAUUUUCGUAAUAACUUUAAACUUUAUAUUUGUUUUUUAUAAACGUGGUAAAAUGUUCAAAACAUUUGAGCCAUUUUUGAGCUAUUUAUAUAGACAUUUUAAUUUUACAAGUUUUUUACGUAAUUUUUAUUUGUUAGGUAGUCUGUGGAUAAAAUAAUUAAUCUAAACAGAAAUAAUUGAAAAUAUAACAUGAGGUUCAUUAUAGUAGAUUUUAUAAUGGUCAAAAAAAAAAAAAAUAUAAAAUAGAUUAUAAUCAGAGAUGUUACGAACACUGAUUUUUAAAGAUAAACCGAACCGAACUGAACUUUUCUUAAAAAUUAACGAACCAGAUUCGAACCGAACCUACACAUUUUUAUUCGAACCUGAACCGUACCGAGUUGAGCUCCACUAGUCCAGAUAUCAAAAGUAAAUGAUAUAGAUUGCAUAUUAUUCAAAUCAGCAUUUAUUUCUUCUUUAAGUUGAGAUAAUCGUUUUGAAUACAGCUGAGGAAUUGCUAUAGAAGAUAAAUGCUGUCUUGUCAGUAAUUUAUACUUGCUUUCUAGUGUCUUAAUUAAGUUUAUGAAUCCACGGUCUUCAACACUCGAGUAUGGUUGGUAAUCUAAUACAAUCAUUUCACUUAUAUGUUAGGUAAUUUAUUUAGCUCUUGAACAGUUUGUUGAUAAAUAUAAUUUUUAGUUGAAUAAGGUUUGAAUUGUGUUCUGUUUUUGUGUAAUAUCUUUGUUUUUUUUUUUCGAUUCUUGGUCUUCAUAUUUAAUUUUUUUUUUAUCAUUAUAAGCUUGGUAUUCAGAAUAUUGUUGAAUGUUAAUUUUAAGAUGCCUUACUCAAGUGGUUGUUGUUGAUGCAUUAAUCUUCUUAGCCAUAGUAGGUAUAGAACUAUAGGCUAUAAAGUAAAACUGUAAUAAAAAAUAUAAACAUUAUAAUUAUUAUUAUUUUUUAAAUUUAAUCUGUGUAUAGCGCAGUAGUAAAGUACACUGCACACAAAUUACUGAAAAAAAGAACGGGCCAUUGUAAAUAUGAACGGUAUUAUCACUAUUUUACUUAUCUUAUUUAUCAUAUUAUUUUAAUUUUAAAAUCGAUAGACGACCAUAGACCAGUAUAAUAAAACAAUAACAACCAAACAAUGAAAUAAUUUAUUUUUGUAUUUAUAAUACGUGACACGAAAAUAUGGUCGUUUAAUUGUGGUUAAUAAAAUUGAAAAAUUGUAAAUAUUAUUAUGAAUUUUAAAAGCAUGUAAAAUCGAACUUUGCUCCAAAUUAUUUUUCGUUUGCAAUGGUUGUCGGUUACAGGUAUAAAUUAAAUAACUUAAUAUAUCCUACUUUCUUAAAUACCUACCUAUAACAGUGGCCAUACCCGUCUCCAGUAUUAGCUCUUUUUUUUUUAUUAUAUUUUAAUUUAUUACUAUCGACUCCAUAACCCCUAACUUCCGCGUGUUCUUCACGAGAGAUAAUUGGAACAAAAUUAUAUAGAUAUAAUAUAUUAUAUACAUUAUUAAUAAAUAAAAACAAAAACAUUUUAGUGUUGUUAAAAUUAUUUAAAUUAAGGAGUUAUAACCUGUGACAUACCUAAGCCUUUUUUAGGGGGGGGGAAUAUAUUUUACCCAUUCGUUAAAAUAGAAAAUUCCUUAAAAAACCGCCAAAAUUAAAUGAUAACAACAGAAAACUUAACCCAGUUUGACCAUAGAUAACAAAAGUAUUUUAGUAUCUAUGGAUUUGACCACAUAAUUAACUACUUCUGAAAACAAUUUCAAAAUAAUUGUAAGAAUACUAAAAACAAAUAACAAUGAAUACAUAUAACUAUACAGCCCAUGAGAGAAGCCGAAUGCCCCUUUCACCCUUCGCAUAGGUACGCCACUGGUUAUAUCUAAGAAAAAAGGAACGAAAAUAAAAAAUUAAUUUUCCAUCAAUAAUUGAACGAAAUUCCAAUACAAUUGUGUGUUCUCUACAGAUUUGUUUCCGAUAAAUUCUUAAAAAGUAAACGAAAUCAAAAGAACUCGUUCCUUCCAAGCAAGAUAUAAUAUAAUAUAAUAUCUAAUCUUUGCAAUAGGUACUUUUAAUAUAACCAUAUUUUAACAAAUAAUAAGUCUAUAAUUAAUAUAUUACAUAAUUAAAAUGACAUUAAUAAUAUAUUUAUAUUUUAAUAAUAAGACACUGGAUGUCACAGUCUACUUCACUAAGAUUUUAAUUUUUCUUAAAAAAAUCAUCAAAAAUACCUUUGUAUAACUUGGCACUGGCUAGCUAGGGGAAACUAGACUCGUGAUAUGUCCAUGACGUAAAGGAAGAAGAUAAAUUGUAACAAAACUAACCUUUUUUUUAAAAAGUCUAUUUGUAUACCUGGACUACAAUUGGACAAAAAUCAAUAUUAUACCAACUAUGAUUAAUUCGAUAAUAUGUGUUAUACUAAUUGUGAUAAUUUUGUAUUAACACCAUAUUAUAGGGUUAGCUAUAUUAUUAUUAGGGUUAACAGCAAUCAGCACAGUCUGAAAUUCUAUCACAAACAAUGAUUUAUCCAUAGUAUUAUCUACUAUCGGAUAUCAAGACCAAUAAUCCGUUUUAUCCGUUUUAUAUCCCUGUGUGUAACACAAAUUACGCUGCUAAUGAGCUACUCCUAAGAAUAAUGAGGAUUACCAAUACAGAACCGUUUCACUCUUCUAAUUAAUUACUUUAUCUUAAUACAUAUUUUUUUCUGUUUUAUUCGUUAUUAAUUACUAUUGUUUUUAUUCUUAUUAAUUAGUAUAUAUUGUUGUAUUAUUGCCUAUAGAUUGUGCUAAUAUUCAUAUAUUGUUUACUUGCAAUGUAACCGUUGGGCUUCCAGUCCGCACUUAUUAAAAAAAUAAUAAUAACCAAGACUAUAAUCAAAAGUCAUAAAUUUGUAACUGGCUGUAGUUUGUAAUGCUAUUGGCGGGACAUAUACAAGUAUAGGUUUCUAAAUUCAACCUAUUAACUUUAAACUUUUGGUGGUGUUUGUGUAAAAUGUCAACAGAAACUUUUUACUUGAAAGCACGUGGGUCGUAAAAUAAUUUUUUUAUAAUACAUUUUUAAUGCAUUCCUGUUUUAUAAUAAAUUGAUUAUGCAAGGUUGUCACAGUUAGUAUUAUGUAUCUUAUUGGUUUUAUCACAGUUUUCAUUACUUUUUUUUUUUAUAAGUUAUAAGUAUAUUUGAAUAUUUUAUAUCAGCCUUAAUUAAUUACCAUUUGCUUUAUCAAAAGAAAUAUAUUAUACGAUUUUUUUUGAGAUAAAUAAAUCGAAAAAAAACCAUAGUUGUGUCAAUAGUUAUACAAUGCAUUAAUGAAUAAAAAGUUAACGUUAAAGUUAUUUAAAUCACAAAUAUAUUUUUUUUGUAAUUUCCAUUCCUAUGAAGUAGUUAGUAGAUGAAAAUUAACAGGGAGGGGUAAGGGCUAAAAUCAUUCCAUUUCACUUGCCCUUCAAUGAGUAUAUAAUUAUUUACUUUAUAUACCCAUUUAUUUAUAAAACAUUUUUGGUACUAAUGAUACUGCUCACGGGUAGGCCAUUGUUGUAAGUGGGAAAUUAGGAAGGUAGGAUAUACUAUAAUAAUUAUAGCAAUUAUCCUGUAAAUGAUUAUACAGGAUAAUUAAGUUUAUAUACUAUUUGUAUGCAACGAUAAAUCAUUGCGAGCGGAGUGAUAUUAUUAUAGUCUCGUUUUUUCUUUGUUGAUAAGAGUUGAAAAGAAAGACAUUAAGUCCUUAUGUCCUGAACAUAGGGGGUAAACUGCUAAAAAUGUCGAUAAAUUACUAAUAUGAAGUACUAACAAACUUUUUCAAAAAAUAUAUAAAAACAAUUUAUUGAAAAAAUUAUUUUUCAAAUAAAAUACCACGAGGUAAAAAACCAGCAUUUUUAAGGUAUGGUAUUAAAGAAUCGGAGAAUAUGUGUUUGUUAAAGAAGCGUUUUCUAAAAAAUAAAAAAAAAAACACAUUUAAGUAAACCUAUAAUAAUUUUAUCUAAAUCUCAGAAUCUAAAAAUCGUUGUAAAUUAAAAUAAAAAUGUUUAAAAUUAGCCUCAUCUAACCUCCCCCCCAUGAAGAAUCAUUUAACCACCACUGAUGUAUUAUAUAUAUUAUUUAUUUGGACAGAUAAGAUGCCCAUUUAAAUGAAAAUAAUAUGAUUGAUAGCAUACAAUUGUCAAAAUUAAAACCUUAGUUACUACACCUUAUUAAAUAGGUAAUACAUUUAUGAAAUACAAUAACAUCUUUAAAUUAAACUAAUUACAAUAUAAAUACUUACAUCAAUCAUAGGUUCUGAACUUCUGAUAAUUAUUAUAUUCUAUUAUUCAGUUCAAUAAGAAAUAAGUUGACUAAUUCCAUACCUCUAUUCAUAGGAGAAUGUCGACCAUAAUUGGUAGACUGGAAUGGUACAUAAAGGUAUUUAUAAAUUGGAGUAAAAUUGCUGGUAGAAAAGUUUUUCACAGAAAAAAAAAUCGUAAUUUAUAUUUAUUAUAUUUCGUAAAUUUUCCCAUUUUUGUUUUUUUAGUUUUUCGCAUUCCAUGAGAAAACUCUUGAGAAAAAUUAUGACCUCCUUAAAGUACCUCUCCACGCCGAUUUCCUUUCGGAAAAGAUGCUACAUGUAGAAAUUCGAGCAAGUCUUCUGGUAGAAAAGUCGUUAACAGAUAAAAAAAAAAAAUUUAAAAAAAACAUCUUUCUAAAACGAUAAGCUUCUUUGCUCCAUUCGGAAUUUAAAAUGAAACAAAGGUCUUACAUUUUUCUUCGUAUCAUGAAUAUUUCAAUGUUAAAAAGAGAUAAUAUUACCUAUAAUAAAUAAUAUUAUCGAUAUUAUUAUAUUAAUAUUGUUUAUAAUAUAUUCAAAACGAUUUAAUCAUUUGUUUUAUAUUAUUCUAAUAAACUAGUGUACCUAUGGUUUUAUUGAAAAUAUAAAAGUAUUUUAAAAUUUUAAUUUCUUCAAAAUAAACGAAAAUUAUAGUACAUACGAGUAUAUUUUAUGUCCAUAUUUCACGGAUGUCUUCAAAACCGUGAUAUUAAACUUAUUAUUAGCAGUGAUAUAUUGCCGUAUUGGUAAAUAUACUUUUGGGUACACUAUUGAAGUAUAUAUUUAAUUGAAAACAAAUUUUAUCGCUAUAUUUGAAAUACUUGAAUAUUACACAUAUUACUUGUUCACACUAAUUAUAAUUUGGGUAGGGGGAAUGUAGCAGAGCAUUAUUAAAAUGCCAUACACCAUGCCGCCAAAAACGAUGACCCAGUACUCUCCCCCUAUGGCCCUAACCAAAUUAAAAAAAAAAAGAGCUGAUACUGGGGAUGGGAGCGACCACUGUUCUAGGUGAGAAGUUUGGAAGAUAGAAUACAUAAGGUUAUUUCAUUUAUAUCUGUAAGCAACGAUAAACUAUUGCUUGAUGAAAGACAAUUCUGAACGCAGUUCGGUAAUACAUAAGUUAAAAGUGCCAUAAUUGUUUUUGUGAUAUUCGUUUAAAUUUGAUUUCAAAACGUUUAUUAAAAAAAAAGUCGUCCGAUGAUUUUGGAAAUUUUACCGCGUCUAGCUAAGUCCAAUAUAAGUAUUAUUACCAAGUUUCAAGUCUUUAUGUGCAUUUAUAAUCGUAAAUAGGUAAAAACGUGUCCACAGACUAAAAGAAAGAAAGAAACAGCAUUGUAAAACCAAUAGCUUCCUCGCUACGUUCGGAAUCUAAAAAUGAAAUAUCUCGUCAAAUUCAUAUCGAAUAUGACGAAAGCUUUUCGAAAAUAAAACUUGCUCCGAUGUAUCACGUGUAACACAUUUUCCGAAAAGAAGUUUUAUCUAGUUAGUACAUUAGAGAAGACAUGUUUUGAUUUUCCAAAGGGUUUUCAAAAUAAAUGGAGAAACCCGGAAGUUAAAUUAUUGGUAAAACUACAAAUAUUUACAGCACACCACGACGUAAACCGAUUUCAUUGUUUUUAAUUUUUCUGAACUAUUUUUUUUACCAGAAAUAAGGCUUUAAUCAAAAAUAAUGCCUAAGUACCUUUUUUGUCAUAGUUAUAAUCCAGUUAGACUAGUUACAGAUUAAUCAACUUGUUUUUUGAUUUUCUUAAGUAGUUUUUAUAAAAAUUGGAAGACCCGGAAAAUGAAAACUGAUAAAUUAACGGCGUUACGAUUCCUUUAUUUUAAAUUUGUUUACAGUUUAUUUUAUCUACAUGGAUUUUGCUAAGGCAGGUUCGACAAGAUAGAUCACAACAUUCUAGCAACCAGCAAUAUUAUUUUGGUUUUCACAACCCCUUUAAUCUUGGCUAAUCUUCUUAAUCAAGGGAAAAACACAACACGUAAAAAUAAAAUACUUUAAAUCCCCGAUCUAUAAUGUGAGCUCAGGGAUUCUUCAGAAAUCACAUUUAGCCCCCCUUUUAUUUAAUAUAUUUAUUAAUGAUAUUAAAGUGUAACUUAAUUCAUGUUUUUUACUUUUUGCUGAUGGCUUAAACAUAUUUCAAAUUGUAAAUUCGUCUAGUGAUGCUAAACUCCUCCAAAAUAACCUUGAUAUAUUAUGCAGUUGGUGUGACACAAAUAGGCUAUUUCUCAACAUGGAUAAAUUAUAAACUGUAAUUUUUUCAAAAAAAUGUAUGUCUCAAGUCUGUAAUUAUAAUUUAAAUAAUUUUUAAUUGAUCGGAGUUUUUCACAAUAUAAAUGUAGGUAUUUGUUUUGACUCUGCUUUAUCAUUUAAUGAUCAUUAUGGUCAUAUUACAAAUAAAGCGUCUUCAAUACUUGGAUUUAUAAAUAGACUUUCCUCUGAUUUCAACAAUCCAAAAGCAAUAAAAUGUCUCUACUGCUUUUUUUUCGGCCGGUACUUGAGUGUAACUCUAUUACAUGGUCUCCAUGUAUAUUGGGUUCAGCUAGAUCCAUUUAGGGUAUACUGUAUCAUUGUUUUUUUAAGGUUUUUUUCCAUUUAAAUUUAGAAUUUAACGAAAAAGCCAUACAUCCUAGUCACCUCUGCUAUAUAUAUAUAUAUAUAUAUAUAUAUAUGUAACAAAUUUAAAAACGUUGGAGGUUAGAAAAUAAUAUGAUCCGGUCAUUGUUUUACUUUCAAGCUACUGAACGGUAUUAUUAAUUGCUCUGAACUAAUAAUUAAAUUUAGCCACUUGGUUCCAGGAUGUCGAACUGAGCAAUUUUAUAUGUUUUAUAUGUCAUCCUAUCGUUCAAACUACUCUCAAAAUGUUUUGAUAGUUAGAUUAAUGGGCCGUGUAAAUAGGCUAAAUAUUGACUUAUUUUUUAAAAAUAAUAUUCCACUUUUUUAAUAAAUAUCUUGAUAUAAAGUUAUAAAUAACUUAUGAUUACAUCUUACCAAUCUGUUACUGUUUAUUACAUACUAAUUGUAAAUUUGUAUGUAAAUUUUUCUGUAUUUUAGAUUUACAUAUAACGAUCUUUGAACUAAUUUCUUUUCUAGAGCUUCGACCAUUUAAAUUAAUUAAUUAAUACAUGUAUUUAAUUUUUAUCUGUAAGAAACGAUUAACCAUUACAAACGAAAAACACUUCGGAGCGAUGUUCAGUUCAACAUGUUAUAAAAGGCCUUAAUAUUAACGAUUUUCGUAAAAAACUCUACAUUACAUUCAGUUUUUUUUUUCGACCUCAAAGUACGACUUAUAAUGAAUCACUUAACACGGUUUUACUCAAUUAAUAAUUAUUAAAAAAAAACAAGAAAAAUAAAAAAAAACUACUUUCUAUCACACCAACUAGAUUAAAAAUGCAACAAAAAAGGUCUCUUAUCAUUUUUCUAUUGGAGCAAUAUUUUUGGUAGAAAAUAAAGUUUGGAAAAAUUAAAACAAUGAAAUCGUUAACGGUGUGGUGUACCGUAAAUAUUUGUAGUUUUAUUUCGGUUUUUCCCUAUUACUAUGCAAAUCCUUUGAAAAUAAAAAAAAAUGACUUUUUCAAUGCAUCAUCUAGAUAAAAUUUUCUUUCAGAAAAGAUACUACAUUUGAUACACUACAACGAGAGUUUAAUUAGAAAAGUUAAUCAUAGACACAAAACAAAUAAUAAAAAAAAAAAUCUGUCCUAGGAUAAUGAAGAUGGGUGCAGCUACUGUUGUAGGGGGGAAGUUAAGAAGGUAGGAUGUAAACAGGAAUUUAAUGUAUAUCUAUAAGCAACGAUUAACCAACGAAAAUAUGAUUCUGAGUGGAGUUCGGUUGAUAGUAUGGCUUUGUCAACAAUAUGUCUGUCACACCUAUUAUAGUAAAAUAAUUACAUAAUAUGCAUUAAACUUUGUUUUAAAUAAUAAUUGUUUAAUACUGUACCUAUUUUCCCGCUCUCCUGGUUUUCCCGUAUUUUUCCCCAGUUUAUUUCAUUUAUUGGGAAAACUCCUUGGAAAAUUAAAAAAACUACCUUCCUCAAGCACCAUCCCAAUCAGAUUUCCUUUAAGAAAAAGUGCUAUUGUAAAUCGAAAGUGACCCACAAAAAAAAAAAAAUUCUAAAAUACCAAUUACCCUAUGUCAGCCCCAUUUUAGUAGUUUAAUACGAGAGAAAAAUUGCAAAACCCACCACCGCGGGUUAGAUUAAGUUCAAUAAGUCUCGAAACUUCUUCUAUUAUUUUUCCAAUUAGAAUAUUGUUAAACAUUUAAAUAAUAUUAUAAGUGACCCACUAUGAACAUAAAGUAAAUAUUAUAUAUUAUGAAACACACGAACAGGGAUUCAUAUUUAGUGGUUAAAGUAGAAAAAAACUCCGAGUAGGUACUAUAUUUACUAUGAAUUUGAUAGGCGGUUCCGAGAACAAACUUAACCUAACCAAACUACCAGAAAAGUCAUUAUGAAGACAAGACUUUCAAAAUGUUUUUCUUCCACAAACAUUUGUUUAUAAACUGCACCUCACUCCCCUCCACUCCCCCCAAAAAAUAUUAUCCUAUACGUAUAAAUAGAUAUGUCAAUUCAGCAUAAAAUUGAGAUGUUGACAAUUUUGGCCGUUUUUUUAGAUCGACAUGAAAGCUGCCGAGAAACAACGAUUGCAGAAGAGAAUGGCUGAGUUACGAGCCGACCGGGAUAGGUUGGGAGAACUUCUCGAGCUGAAAGACCGCCAGUUAGCAGAGUGUCGGGCUGAAGCGACCCACUAUGAACAUAGGGUAAAUAUUAUAUAUUAUGAAACACACGAACAGGAAUUCAUCUUCAACGGUUAAAGUCAAAAAAAACACUGAGUGGGUACUGUAUUUACCAUGAAUUUGAUAAAUGGUUCCGAAAACAAACUUAACCCAACCAAACUCUCAGAAAAGUCAUUAUGAAAAUAAGACUUACAAAAUGUUUUUCUUCCACAAACAUUUGUUUAUAAACUGUUCUUCCUUCCCCCCCCCCCCCCUCAAAAUAAAUAAAUAUUACCCUACAUAUAUAAAUUGGUAUACCAGUUCAGUGAAAAUAAAAUAAAACAGAAUCUGAUUAUGUUUAAUUUAAUAGGUAUUAAAGAAUUUGUUUAUAACAAUAGUUAAGCUUAGGAAAUCCCAUUCUGUGAGUGCACGUAGUUCCCGGUUUCUAAACUUAUUUUAAACAAUAUUAAUAAUCUACAAUUCCAUACGUAAUUUUGAAAGAAUUUGGUAACUUAAAUUGUAAAUAGUUGACAGGAAAUUUUUAAAAUUCUUAAAGUAAUUAUACUUUGAUACCUAUUUUUAAUAUUGGCUAAUAUAUAUUUAUGAAUUCAUGUUAUUUAAUAGUAAUAUUUAAAUUAUUUAUGAUAUUGAUAUAAUAAUAGUAUUUUACGAAUAAUAUAAUACAAUAUAUAUUAUACAGUAUCAUUCACUAAGCGUACUCACCCCAUUUUUUAUUCCGUUUAUAAUAUAUUAAAAUUCCGAUUUUUAAAAUUUUUUAGUGUAGUAAAAUCCGAUAUUCUCGAAUACAGUAUAACUUCCGUUAACGGUUAUUAUUUUUUUGGUUCCAUCUAGUUUUAUGCCUUUAAACGACACCUCUAAAGGACGGUCACCUCUAAAUAGCGGUAAUUAUUUCCGCUCCCUUCGGAAAUCGUUAUAUGGAAGUUUUAUCGACUUUAACUACUCUUAAAAAUUUGAAAAAUCAGAAUUUGAAUAUAUACAAUGUUUAACCAGAAAAAAUUGGAUGAACAGUGAACACGUGCUUAGUGAAUCACCCAGUAUAUAAUAUUCUAGUCAAUCAAAUCAACAACUGUAACUAUGCGCACAUUUACUGAUGUUAUUAAAUGUACGGACGGGUAGACGGACGGACACCUGGGGAUAUGAGAUGUUCUACACUUAUGUUUUUAACAUUAUUUGAUUAAUGUGAAUAAAAAAUACCUCAGUGACAAUAACUAAAGUGUCCUCUCCCCAGGACUUUGAAGGCUUAAACUAAAUAGGACGUAUAAUUUGACUUUAAUUAAUAAGAAGAGGACUCGCCCUCACUAUAACCACUGUUUAUAUUGUAGCAAUGCGUAUAAUUAGUUGCAUAUUAACGACGAAAUUUUCUUAGUCUGCCAUGUUAGCUAAACAGCUCGAUGACGCGCUCUGUAGUUCGGGCGGUUCGGGUGAUUGGAGAGCACGUGGUGGAAAGUGUGCAUCGUGUCAGGCGCCCGGCGGAGGAAUGACCAGACUGACAGGAGCACGGACGAACGUGUCUGGCGGUACCGAGUCGCAGCCCAUGUCACUGUUGGCGGAACUUGAACAAGCCGAAGCGGCCAAUUCACACGCCACACCGCAAAUGGCACAGCCAGCACACCAGAUGGUCGACGUGGAUUUGUCAUCGCGCCAGUCAAACGGUCCGAUGGAGUUAGGGCAGCCGGAGAUGGACGUUGAACGAUGGGCCACACGACUGUGCGACGUACUUGAACGCCAGAAGAAUUUGGACGCGGGAUCGCGGCCAUUACAGGAAUUGUCGGCUGAUACCAGGUACCGGUUGUUGAAACUGAUAGGCAGCGGUGACAACGGUAGUACACCAGUAGCAAAUGGUAAACAAUCUAGUAACGUGGAUUUAGCGGAGUUGGUUCGCAAUCGAGACGGCCGUGUAGCCGAACUCACGUGUGAGGUAUGAAUACUGGGGUAGUACCUAAUACUUAUCUAGAUAUACCAAAUACCGAAUACCUACUGUAUUUGGAAUACUAUUCAAAUGCUUAGUUCCAAAUUCUAAUUCCAUACUUCAAAUAUACGAGUACCUAUAUAAUAUAUUAUAUUAAUAAUAGAUAGGUAUUCUAUUUAACAAAAACUUUUAAAUAUUUAAUCAAUUUCCUAGUAUUUAAAUUGUGCCAAAUGUUCGUUCUUUUUCCAUAUAAAAAAAUUAUUAACGAUAAACCAUUACUUACAAAAAAACGAUUCUGAGCAGAUUUCAGUUGAUAGUGAUGCUUUGUCAACAAUAUAUAUAUGUCAUUUUAUAGCAAAAUAAUUAAAUAGGCUUUAUAUAUUUUCUUUAAUAAUAUUUGUUUAAUGUUGUACCGAUUUUCUAAUUUUCCUACGCUUUUCCCGGUUUCCCCAUGUUUUAUCCCGGUUUUUCAUAUUUACUGGGAAAACUCAUGGGAAAAUUAAAAAAUGACUUCUUUAAAGUACCUUCUUAGUGAAAUUCCUUUUUAGAAACAUUGCUAUAAUUAUAAGUUGGAGCAAAAUUGCUGGUAAAAAAGUUGUGCACAGAAAAAAAGAAGGCCGUAAUGUAUGUUUACUAUAAUACCUAUAUUUCUUAUAUUUUCCCGUUUUUUUUUUUUGGUUUUUCAUAUUUGAUGAGAAACCUCUUAAGCAAAUCGAAAAAUGACUUCCAUAAAGUACCUCCCCCUACACCGAAUUUUUUUCAGAAAAUCUGCUACACUUAGAAAUCCGAGCAAGUCUUCUGGUAGAAAAGUUGUUAACAGAUAAAAAUAAACAUCUUUGUAAAACUAUAAGCUUCUUUGCUUCUUCGCUCCACUCAGAAUCUAAAAUAUUGAAAAAAGUCUUUUGUAUUCUGAAUAAAUAUGUACUCGAAGAUUAUUAUGUUUUACUUAUUUACAAGUAGAUUUUUAUUUCAUUUUAUUUAUAUAGUUGUCCGUGAGAGAAGCAGAGCUGCAAGCAGCCCGAGAAGAACGCGAUCUUGCAGUACGGGAUAAAAUGGACGCUAUGCGGAUUCAAAGAGUCAGUUGUAUUGAAGGAAGCGUUGAUGACACCACUUCCGGAUCUGGUGCCGAUGAGAAGAAUUCGUCUUUGAUUCCAGAAUUGCUAAGAAAAGCGUGGGAACAGCGGGACGGAGCUGUUAGGCGGAAAAACGCUGUUCAAGUGCAAUUGGCUCGCACACGUGUAGACGUUCUGCAAGCCAAUGGUCAGCUGAUGGAGGCUAUAGGACAGAAGGUUGAAUUAAGCCAACAAUUGGAACAGUGGCAGGUCAGUGUUGAUAUUAUAUAAUAUUCAUAGUUCCCUUUAUUCAUGAUUGAUACAAAUUGCAUUAUAUCGUUCUACAAAUAACCAAAAAUUGUAUAAAGUUUGAGAUAGACACCUAAUAUCGCAGAUUAUUACACAUUACAUAUUAUAGAUAAUUGAUAGGUCAUUGAUCAUAGGUAGGUCCUAGGUAGAUAAACAAUGACUAUUUAAAUGAUUACAGAUGGACAUGCAGGCUCUCUUGGACGAACAGAUGCGUAGGAAGCUAUUAGCCCCACCACCACAAUCGUCUGCGACCGGCGCACCCGAAUAUGGUACCGGAGGAAACCAUCAAAAUAAGUGUGCUAGUCACGGAAAUGCCGGUGGAUUCCCGUCCAUGUCGGCUUCGAGCUUGGGAAGCCUCGGUUCGUCGGGUCUUAUGAACUCGCUGUUGAUGAUCGCCAGCGGCGGGGGAAAUGCUAAUAGAUGAUCAUAUCUCAGUAUUAGUAUUGGAUUGCAGUUUGUGGUAAAUAAAACCACACGAGUUAUUAUUUAAAAUAAUAGGCAUUUCAAUUGUUUGUAAGUAGGUCUUACCUACUACAUUCAAGUGGUAACCGAUGUCAUUGAAACAUUUACAUAUUAAUAGAGGUAGAUACCUAUUGUUUCGAUUUCUAGUACUAUAAGUCUAUAAAUGUCUGACAAUUUAACGACUUUAUCCCAGCACUAACUUCCUCUUACGAGCAAAUGUAUACCACAACUAGUAGUUUUAUUAUUUAUCAAAUCAACGUGAAUUUAGCAUAUCCUAAACUGCGUAGGUAUUAUACUAGUAAAAUAUUAAUCAUACAAUUAUUACAUAUCCAUGAAUAUUUGGUAGAUACCUAUUCACUAAUUAUAAAUAUAGAAACCCUAUAAUAUAAUAAUGAACAUAUUAAUUUAUGUACAAUUUAUUUUACCCAAAAUUGUAUUAUAGUAAAACCUAGUACAAAAUAUGUAUAACAAGAGUUACCUCACUCGUGAAUACGCAUAAAAUAAUGAUUUUAUAAUAGGUACUAUUACCUUGUUAGUAACUUAGUAUUCCAUAUAGGUAGAUUGUAAGCUUGUAGGUAUGAGUAUACUUAUAUUUAGGGCGGAGAAGUUUUAGGAUUUGUCUAAUUUUAGAUUGUCAUCAUUUUUUUUCAAGAUUUCUUUAGCAUAAAUCGCAUUAUAAUAAUAUUAUUUCUCGUGGUAUUUUAUCAUAUUUUAGUAACCAUGAAAAAAAUUAAAGUAUUGAAUUUGUAUGAGAGCGAAUAUUUAACUACUAAAUACUGUAAAACAAGGUCACUAAAUCAUUUGGAUGAUUAGAAUCAAAAAUUACCUCUUUUCAGUAUCAGUCUCUGUAAAGGUAAAUAAUGCCAUUUUUAGGUUCAGACCAGUUGAAUCUACUGUGAUGGUUAAUUUGAUCAAACUUAACUACCCCGAAUUUCUUAUUAACCAAAAACCAUCAACAUCGUUAUGUUCACGGUCUUAGAAGUUAAAAGAUAUAAGUUCAAGAAUCUGUUGAACUGGGUAAACUCACAGUUUGUCUAGGAUGUGAAUACUGUGAAUUUAGACUUUUAAAUAAUAGCAAUUGUUAUACAAUACAUUUGUUUAAACACAUAAAUAGGUCCAUCUUACAUUCGGUUAAAAUUGAUUAACUUAUUAGCCCUUGUAGUACCUCUAUAUACUAAAUUCAUCUAUACUAUAAUAUAGGUAUUAAGUACGUAUACUUGUGCUACCUACUUUUCCUAUUGUUAAACCAAAUAGAUGUACGAGGUGUGGCUAUUAAAUAACGACACUGCUCGCCUAGUGGGCGCCCUAGAUGGGUAGUGAAAAAACGAGUAAUGCGUUGGGUAUCUAGAUAUCUUAUCUAUGCACGUACCAAAACACGUUUUCGUCCCUAUUAUAGUAUUUGUGCAGUAGUGGUUUGAAACGAACGUGUUUUUUUCUCGUGCCGAAAACCAUGUGUGACGAAAAACAUGAGCAACGGAUAAACGUAAAAUUUUCUCGUUAAACUAAAAAAAACUCCAACUGAGUGCUAUAAGUUGUUAAAAGAGGCCUAUAGUGAGGAUUUCCUAUCUCGGGCGCGUGUUUUUGAGUGGCAUAAAUUAUUUUCUGAAGGUCGAGAAUGCACCGGAAUCCAAUUCAGUCGUAAUCCAAAUUCAAAACCGUUUUCUUCGAUAUCAACGGCAUCGUGAUGACUGAAUGGUUUCUAGAGGGUCAAACUGUGAACCAACAUUACUAUUUGACAGUUUUGGCAACAUUGCGCGAAUGAGUUCGUAAGAAACGGUCGAUAUUGUGGAAAAACAAGUCGUGGAUCUUGCACCAGGAUAAAGCGUGAAGUGUUAUUUGGCCGCUUAAGGCACUCCAGUACUCGAACACGCGUCUUACUCACCCGACUUGGCACCCUGCGACUUUUACUUGUUUCCGAAGAUAAAGUCUGCCUUAAAAGGAAUCCGGUUAGAGUCGAUGGAAGAGGUGAAACAAAAAUCGGCGGAACUCCUGAAUGGUCUUACGAAAACAGACUUCCAGCACUGCCUCGAACAAUGGAAGAAACGAAUGAAACAGUGUGUGGCGAGGAGAGGGGAGUAUAUUGAAGGGGAGCAUUUGAAUGUAGAAUAACUUUUAUAAUAAAACAUUUUUUCGUAACCAGUCUCGUUAUUUAAUAGCCACACCUCGUACAAUUGUAAUCGAAUACUAAUGAAAAAUAUAUUAUAAUAGUACAUCAUCAAUUAAUAAUUUGUUUCCAAUAGUGUCCCUUAAACUUCUACACAAUUGUUUACAAUUUUUCUAGUAACUAACUAACAAUUACUACUGUCAUAAGUCAUAUCCACUUCACUAGCCUCCAUCAUUAUUCUACUAAAAGCAUCAGCAUUUUGGUUCUCUGUUCUCUUUUUAUAGGUACACUAUUUCAUACUCAUAUUCCUUCAAUUCCAGUUUCACAUCUACACAUUACUUUUUCUAACCUUUCAUUAUGGAUUUUUAAAUCAGACGCAAAUGCUAUUAUGUCAUGUAAAGUAACAAAAGCAUCUACCCCUUGUAACCCUGUUAACACACUACCUAUUUAUUACACCUUUGUAAAGUGCUAGGUCCUCCUUUAAAUCCAAAUGACAAUCUUAAACAUGUAUAAUGGUUAAACUUUUCAUUGUCAAUUUAUUGAUUUAGAUAGUGGUAAACUGAUAAAAGACUAAUAGAAAAUAUGGAUGCCUAUAGUAAAAUAAAAAAAUAUAGUAAAUAAUUACUUAAUAAAUUAAUACGAUUGGUAAUAAGAGGAGCAAUAAUAGUUGUAAAUCUAUAAUUUUUUGUUUCAUUGUUUGCAUCUUGUCCACGAUUUAAAACAUACCUUAAUAAGAUAUAUCUUUAAUCAUGGUCUUGUCACAUUUGAAAGCGCGUAUUUAAUAUAUUAUUUGACACACUUGGCUGGGACCAACCACAUAACACCACAGUGUUACUUCAUUUUCAUGGCACUACACCAUAUGAAACAAUCUAUACAAAACAAUGUAUUUUCAACAGUGUCAUUUCUGCGGCAAAAAAGCCACAAAAUUUUCAAUUUUUCUAAAAUUUACCGCUGUGAUACACUGUGAUCCCUGUUGUACAGUACCUAAAUAAAAUAAUUUCUUAUUCAAAAGUUUCAUAUUUUAUAUUAAUUAUAAGUAAUAAUUAUUAAUAAUAUUAUGAGUAUAAAUAAUGAAAUUUUAUUUUUAAGACAUACUUUGGGUUAGUGAGUUUCUUCUUCUAUAACUUCUCUGCCAAAUGGUACUAAUAAUGCUAUACAAUUUUUUGAAGUAAUAACCAUCCUAUAUGGUUCAAAUGUUUCACAAUUUCAAUAUUGGUUUAUAAAAAAUGGCUUUAAAUCGUUAAAAUAUCCUGAAAAUGGUUUAUUUAAGUUUAAAAUAUCUAUACAUAAGAGUCAGACAGGUGAAUAAGUAUAUCAAGUACCUAUAUUAUAAUACCACAGUUAUGUAAACUGCAUAUUUUAUCGGAUAGCAGAUAUUGGUACUUAAUCAUAAAAUGUAUAUUAUAUUAAAUAUAUUAUUAUACAUACCUACCUAUAUAUAUACCUAUAUUCACGAAAAUCAGAAAUUUUUAAAUUUUAAAUUAUACUUAAUAUUAUAAGUAUAGAAUAAUAUAAAAUAUAUAAAAAGCACUAUUCACCUAUGUUAAUAAUAUAUUCAAUGUUUUUACAUUUAUACUUUGUAUAAAGUAUCUAUGUAAAAAAAUUAAAUAACAAUAAAAUUAAAAUUAGUUUUAUAGCAUUAAGAUACACU